CCAAUGUUCUUUCCCGGUUCUGACGUUCCAGUAGGAGGGCUCGAGUCGAGACCGGACUGUCCGAUUAAAGAAGCACCAAGGAGGGGCGCGAGGUUGUCUUACAAGGGAGGGUUUCUUGGUCUACUACUAGCCUGGCAACCAGAGCUGUGUAGUGUAGAUAGUAUUGUUGAGUUUAAGAAUUUACUGGAGAACAUAUGUUGGUAGUUUAAUUUCACCUGUAUAAAAGUAGAUGGCAAGCUAGUAACAUUAACUUGAAUAAAGCGUGCAGAUAAACGGGCUGUCAACUAUUUACAAUAACGGGGUAGCUAGCUAGCUAGUUAGCUUAACCCCCCGCAGACCGUUAAGUUAUCACAUUAUUUUGAGUACAAACCACGAGCGACAUUCAGUUAGCUUACAAGGUUAGCAGACGUGGUUGGUUGUCUUGCAAAUUUACUAAUUCAAACUUCACCCGGGACAAGCGCUUCACCGGCGACAAACACCAGACGGUUAGCCAGCGACAUCAUUGAACAACUAGCUAUUUAGAUACAAACCGAGUUUGAUAAAAGUAACUACAUCUACAGUAUUUGUUAAUUCGGGCACCAUGUUCAAAAGGGAUGGCAAGAAGGACCCAGAACUGUUCCAAAAUGUGUCGGAGGGGCUGAAAAAACUGUACAGGACCAAACUCUUUCCCUUGGAAGAUACCUAUCGCUUCCACGAUUUCCAUUCACCGGCUUUGGAAGAUGCCGACUUUGACAACAAGCCUAUGGUACUCUUGGUUGGCCAGUAUUCUACAGGUAAAACCACAUUUAUUCGGCAUCUUAUGGAGCAAGACUUCCCCGGCAUGCGGAUAGGGCCCGAACCGACCACCGACUCCUUUAUAGCGGUCAUGCAUGGAGAACAGGAGGGUCUGAUCCCAGGCAAUGCUUUAGUAGUUGACCCAAAGAAACCCUUCAGAAAACUCAACGCUUUUGGCAAUGCCUUUCUUAACAGGUUUGUGUGUGCUCAGAUGCCUAACGCGGUGUUGGAGAGCAUCAGCAUCAUUGAUACCCCUGGUAUCCUUUCUGGAGAGAAGCAGAGAAUCAGCAGAGGUUAUGACUUUGCUGCAGUGCUUGAGUGGUUUGCUGAGCGCGUUGACCGCAUUAUCCUGCUCUUCGACGCCCAUAAACUGGACAUUUCGGAUGAGUUUUCUGAGGUGAUCCGCGCCCUGAAGAACCAUGAGGACAAGAUGCGGGUGGUGCUGAACAAGGCCGACCAGAUCGGCACACAGCAGCUGAUGAGGGUGUAUGGUGCCCUCAUGUGGUCUCUUGGUAAAAUUGUGGGCACUCCAGAAGUGAUCCGGGUGUACAUUGGUUCUUUCUGGGCUCAGCCACUUCUGGUUCCGGACAACCGGAAGCUUUUUGAGGCUGAGGAACAGGACCUGUUCAAGGACAUCCAGGGCCUUCCUCGGAAUGCGGCUCUGAGAAAGCUUAAUGACCUCAUCAAGCGGGCUCGCCUUGCCAAGGUCCAUGCAUACAUCAUCAGCUCUCUAAAGAAGGAGAUGCCCAAUAUGUUUGGGAAGGAGAAUAAGAAGAAAGAGCUGAUUGCCAACCUGGGAGAGAUCUAUGCAAGGAUUGAAAAAGAGCACCAGAUCUCACCUGGAGAUUUCCCCAAACUAGCUAAGAUGCAGGAGAUCUUGGCAAACCAGGACUUCAGUAAGUUCCAGGCAGUGAAGCCCAAGCUGCUGGAGGCUGUUGAAGACAUGCUAGCCAACGACAUUGCCAAACUCAUGACCCUCGUCCGCCAGGAGGAGGCAGCAAUGCCCAGCCAAGCAGUCCAAGGUGGCGCAUUUGAAGGCACCAUGAACGGUCCUUUCGGCCAUGGCUAUGGCGAGGGUGCAGGGGAAGGCAUCGAUGAGCUGGAGUGGGUGGUGGCGCGAGACAAACCAACCUACGAUGAAAUAUUCUACACACUGUCUCCAGUCAACGGCAAAGUGUCCGGUGCCAUGGCCAAGAAGGAAAUGGUGAAGUCCAAGCUGCCCAACACAGUGCUGGGAAAGAUCUGGAAGUUGGCCGACGUAGAUAAGGAUGGUUUCCUGGACGACGAAGAGUUUGCCCUAGCCAAUCACUUGAUCAAGGUGAAGCUUGAGGGGCAUGAGCUGCCCACUGAUCUGCCAGAACACCUUAUCCCCCCCUCCAAAAGGGGGCUGUAGAAUUGGAUGUGUCAUACAAAAUGUGGCAUUGGCAUAGAACAAGUAGGAGGGGUUGAGUAGGACGAGUGAAAAGGGAAGGAGUUAGGAUUUUGUCCCAAAGGAAAUGUGACAGUCCGUGGUGGUUUGAGAGGAAAGUCUAGUUAGUUUGUUCUGAACGAUGUGGUGGAGGUCUUGGUCGGACUAUGGAAAUGUGACUAGUUGUGGUGUUGUCGGCAAAUUAAUGUUAGAGACUAUAUAUGACAAUAACCAUAGUCUAUACAAAGAAAAAAUAAACAUUUCUAACUUAUUCAUUACCUGAAUCCCUGAUCUUAAUACUUAUUUUUCUCAUCAUUAGCUUCAUAUGGCCUUAGAGUUAAUGUGUACACUCAGAACGAUCACAUUCAUUCUACUUAUUGAGCCAUCCUGAAUUGCAUGCAUUGUAGGCCCAUCCCUUUACAUUUUUCCUGCGAAACAUUCAGUCUUCCAUUAAGUUUGAUAUGAUUUGUGUCUGAGUUUAGUUAAUUGUUUAUUCUACUUAGAAAUGUUUAAUCAUAACAUGGUAUAAUUCCUAAUCAAAAACAUCUGUGUAUGUUUAGCAUUUCCAAAAGCCAAAAAGCAAAGUGUUCUUAGAAUUUGAGAAUAACAAGAGUUCUCUUCAGAAUGACCCAUAACAACUGACAAUACAGUAUACCGUUGUAUUCUUCCAAGCAUGCCAAAUACUUUUUUCUUGUGUAGACAUGCAGAAUAAUAAUCCGCCUUCAAUUUACAAAAUAUAGAAAAGGUCAGAAAUUCAUUUUGUCAAUGACUUGUUUUUGGCACUCUGAUAAACUAGUGUGUUGGACAACCUUUGUCUUAAAAGGCCCCUGUAAA